AUGAGCGCCUCGGUGGCUGCCCUGCACGGGCUCACGGUUCGCCGCGGCGCCGCCCGCACCCCGCGCGUCCGCCGCAUCACCACCCGCGCCGUCGAGGAGCCCAAGGAGAGCACCGCCGAUGAGACCAAAGCGGUCAGCGGCGGGCUCCCGCCGGGCAUCAAGACGACGCCCGCUCCGGACGUGGAUCGGACGCAAAUCACCGGAGACUGGCGCACGGGCAAGAUCUGGCGCCCGCCCCCAGGGACGCCCAAGUUCCGCGUCGACCUCGGUAAAGGGACCGUGGAGAUCGUCGACGAGGAGGAGGAGCGGAGGAAGUACGCGCGCAUGCGCGCGAUGAACGCCGCGGCCGCCGCGGGAAAAGCCGGCAUCGAGGACGCCGACGCGAACCCCGCCGCGCUCGUCCCGGAACGGCAGAUCAAGCUGCGCGAUAACGGCAACGUCGUGAUCGCCGCGAUGACCGAGGAAGACUGCGUCGACGCCACCAAGCUCAUCAUGGCGCUCUUCUUCAAGGUUCGCCCCCAGGACUUUCUCGCCAAAGAUCGGCUGCAGAAGGAGCAGAGCGAGCGCGUGUACCAGGGGUUGGUCGACGGCGUGGCGAACGGAAAAGACCGACUCCUCAUCGCCGCCAAGGUUGGCGGUAAGGUCGUGGGCGUCGCCGAGGUGAGUUUGCCGGGUGGCAAGCGCUUCGGCGCGGAGAAGAUCGAGCCGAAAGCCCCGGAGGAUUGGCCUUACAUCUCCGACGUCGCCGUCGCUCCGAACCAGGGCAAGAGGGGCAUCGGGCGCCAACUGGUGCGAGCGUGCGAGUCUGCGAUGUGCGCCAAGGGACUUCGCAAGAUGUACACGCACACCAAGGUGGACAACGAGGCGGCGCAGGCGCUGUUCGAGCGGGCGGGGUACGUCGAGCCGGCGGAGGUCAAGGCGAGCCUGACGCAGAUGCAGAUCGCGCAGCGGGGGACCAAGGGGGGGCCGCUCGCCAAGCUGGGGCUGGUGGAGGUUGGCCACGUCCUGCUGGCCAAGGAACUCGACCCGGCCGAGUACUGA